AUGGAGGCGGAACGGAAUGGAAGCUACCCUUCGGCGGGUGAUCCCGCCGAGACGAGGGCUGCCACGGCAACUGGAAGAAUCCCAGACGGCGGCCUCGCGCCUUCCACGCUCGAAAUUUCAUAUGAACUUUUGCUUUUUCCUCUUCAAUCAUCGACAGACCCCGGCAUUCAAACUCGCCAAGGGGCCUUAGCUGCAACGACCGCGGCCAUCCGCGAAUCGCUCGCGCGCGGCCUUUACACCUCUCCAUCUUCAUCUGCUUUGUCUUCCUCAGCCGGCCGCGAAGACGAUAUUCACGUGAACGGCGAACACCCAAAGAAAGCGCCCUCGAUCUGCGCGUCUCAGAUCCCACCCCCCCAAGUGGAGUCUGCCGCGCUCGCUGUCUCCUUGCCUAUAUAUGGAGGCGUAGCUGCCUCUUCAGGCCGCAUAGGCGGGGUGGGCUCUGAACGGCGGGCCGCCGGCGAGAGGCCCCCUGCCGCGGCCGCAACCCUUGUCCAAGCCCUGCCUACAGUUUCUACUUUCUCGGCGUCUGCCUCGCUCCCUUCCGCGUACCCUUGGCUACCCGACCUGCAUGUUGUGCGCCGUGAAGAAGAGGGGAAGGCGUGGCCCUGGCGGGGCUCCCCGGCUGUGACGUAUCUGCUGCCUGUCUCUGCACGGGAGAGCAGACCCGCAGACGGCGAGAGACCGGGAGAAGGGCAGCCCGACGGCGCCCCCGUAGAGGCAUGCAGCUCCUCGGGCCUGGCGCGCGGAUCUGUGUUCCUUGGGCGAAAGCAAAAGAGCGUCUUGCGCCUAAAAAACCAAGCUGUCAGCGGCGUUCACUGUCGACUUCACUGGCGUAUCGCCACCGACCGCCUGGUCGCCGUGACCGAGGCCGUUCUACUCGCAGCGCGCACAUGCAACCCCGUGCGGGAGGCGCUGGGGCUGCCGUCCGCCUGCUUCGACGAGGGAGUCGCUCCAGGCCAGGCGAGCGCCGCGUCCUCUUCGUGUGGAGGCCUCAACGAGAAUGCGACGGGAGGUGGUGCAGCUUGCAGUUUAUGCGGCCAUUUUCUGCUGCUUGACGCCGACGACGACGAGCUUUUUGGAGCCGACCAGCUUGGCGCGGACGCCCCAGACGGCGGCAGCGGGAGCGACAACGUGCCUCCUCCUUCGCCCUCGUCUUCUUCAGCUGCGUGUGCGUGGGGCUCCCGUUCUACGCGAGAGGCCUUCCUCUCACUCGAGCGCGACCCGCGAGUGGCGUCCUUCUGGCGCCCGCAGAUGACGAGUCUCUUGACGCGGACGAACUUGCCGGCGGUAUUUCUCGCCUUGGCGCGAACGGGGGAGGCGCUUCCCCCAGGCGACCGUGAGGAGGCAAUCGUCUCCGUCGUCCGCCAACACCUGGACUCGAACCCCCUCGUCGAGCUCAGCGUCGCUGACGACUCCACAAACGGAACCUGGAUUGGCGGCACGAAGCUCCACAGACAGCAGACCCCCGCAGAGUGGCCAGGAAAGGCGACGCUCUCCCUCAGCAAGCAGUACACCGCGUCGGAGCCGCCUGUGGCCGCCUUUCGCUGGGCUCUCGCAAUCAAAUGGCGUCGCACGCCGCUCUCCCCCCAGCCCGAGGGUUCGACGUCAGGCUCAGGCUCCUGCUCUUUUGCGUCCACCUCGUCGCCGUCUGCCGGGCCUUCGACCUCGCUCUCGAGGGCCGCAGACGUCCACGUGCCUGCGCCGGAGGGCCCGAAGAAUGCUGGCGGCGCCACGAGCCCGGCGUUUUCGGUUUCUUCCACAACCGACCCGCACGCCGAGUCGCCACCGCCUUUUCCCUCGUCUUCCCCUCCGCAGCAGCAGGCCGCUGGCGCCGCAGCUGCUGGCGCGGGCGGCGGCGGUCCAAACGCCGACGAGAAGGUUGGCCUCGCCCAGACGGCGCGAGUGCCCCCCGGAUCGGUUGCAAAGCGGGGCGGUGGCGAGCCUGGCGCUUUGCCGAGUCCCUCAGAGACCGCCACAGACCGGGGUCCCCGCGCCGCGCUCGCAUCCUCUGUGAUGCCUUCCGCACAGGCGGGCGACCUGCACGGCCCGACUGCGAGGGCGGAGCGGGGAGGCGGCAGCACGCGAGACGCGCACGCGGAGAAGGAAGGCGAUACGCUGCGCGCUGGCGGGGACCCGCGAGCAUUUUCUUCCUUCUCUCAAGAAGGGAGAGGAGCGAGGCGCGGAACGCAAGAGGCGAGCGCAAAAGCCAACGGCGAGACGCGUCGUGCCUCUCCAGAGGCGGCCGCUGCCGCAGCUCCACACGAACACCGCUCUCACACGGCGCCUGGCUUCGCCCCUGUGUCGCCGCCCCUAUCGCUUGCCUCUCUCUCCACUGAUGAGCGCGGGCCUGGUUCUUGCGGCCGCGGACGCGAGGGCGGCGCCGACGAGGAGAGAGACGUGAAGCGGGCGCGGCUGGCCUCCAGGGUAGACGAGAGAGGCGAAGGCGAGAAGGUGCCGUCCACGCCGAGCGAUGUGAGCUGGGGUUCCGAGACCCCUGGAGGGCCUUCCGCCCCGGGGAGACCUGAGCGCGGCUCACACCGGGAGCGGGGCGCAGGCCGCCUCGCCCAGAAGCUGCAGAGGCUGAUGAAGGAGAAGCGCGAGCUGGAGGACGAGAUGCAACAGCUUCUUCUCGAAAACGAGGAACUGAGGGACAUCGAGCGACAGAGACAGGACGAGAGCGCCGCUGCGGAGAAGGCUCUCGAGGAAACUCGAGAGAAUUGGAAAGCUGCGCAGGAAACCUUACAAAACUUGGAGGCGGAGGCGGCUCGUCGCCAGGCUGAGCAGGAAGCUCUAAGAGAGAGCGCACGCGAGCAGCAGGCAGCUGCGGAGCGGUCUCGCAGGGAGCUAGAGGGCCGCCUGGAGAGGCAAGAGAACGAGUGGCUCGAGGAGAGGAACCGACUGCAGGCGACAGCUGCAGCGCUCGCGGAGGAGACCAAGGCCCUGCGAGAGGCCCUCGCCGAGAACAAGAAGACCCUCGAGCAGUAUGUGGCUAUCUGCGCGAGUGUGAGGGAGCAGCUGCACCACCUCCCGCGGGUCGCCCACGCCUCAGGGGCUCCAGAGAGCUUCAGGCGACCGCCGGCGUCGGCGUUCGCGUCAUGCCUGGCCUUGGCACCCGCUCAAGAAGCCCAGCAAGAAGCGACGGCACCGGGGGGCGUCGCGCCGCGUGGAGACGACGGAGAGGCGGAGGACGAGAGGAACGUCGACGGCACACUUCGGUCGCAGGGCCAAGCGAGUCUGGAAGAUCUCCUUGACGAGGUGCCCGUCCCCGGGUCGUUCUCCUCGCGCGAGCUGCCUUCGUUCGGCUGCUCUGCUGCGCCUCCGCAGGCGGCGAGUCCCGGGCCUUCCUCUGCUGCAGGUUUCUCAGGCGCAUGCAGAUCCAGCGACUCUGUCCUGUGCGUGAGCCAAAGCCGAAAAGCGAGUCAGCCGCGCGCGGCGGAGAGAGCGGAAGGCCGCGCAAGAGCCGAGAAGGGCGGUGGAUGCGAAGACGCACGACGCCUGAGUCAGCUGACAGCCCGCCUGCGAGCGGACCCGGGCCCCGAGGGGCGGCGCGCCUGGCGCCCGUCGCAUGAGCGUAGAGACCGCGAAGCGCAGCGGGGGAGCCAAGAGACAGGGAUGAGGGACAAGGCCCCAGAGCGGGCGGGCGAGAACGCGAGGGCACCCGGCGACGCUGCGGCAGACGCGUUUUCUGCCAGCGUCCACGACGACCUGCUGAAUUUCUUAGAGUGA